CCAAAGUCCGCGCGCCGCCGUCAACUCAACACGGCGGGUUCGUUCGUGCGGCGCCCCCAGAGUCUCCCAUGGUUCCACCACCCCGCACCGCGGGGCGGGACGCCGAGUCGCGAGACCAGCUGUGGCCUGUGGGUGCGGUGCGGACCGCCGAGACAGACACUAGCGACAGCUCCCGAUGCCCCUCCACCCUCCUCUUCGUAACAAUGAGUAAAAAGUAAACUUGUUUUUCCUUCGAAAAAAAGGAGAUAUAGAUAGAGAGAGAGAGAGAGAGAGAGAGAGAAAAUUAUACCACUCCUCUCUGCUGUCCAAGGCAGGGGCCAGGGGCGGGCGGACAGCGGAGGCAAGAGGCGCGAGCUCGGCCCAAGGCGCUGAGGGAGACAGCCAGCCGCUGCAUUGCGCUACUACAUUGGCCAGGAGGGCUCGCCGCCGGGGGGAGGCUCGGAUCUCGCCGUCUCUGGCCACCCGUACCUGCUGCCGCGUGCUUCACUUGGUGCCGCUUUCCGCGCCUACUGGCGGGCGGCCUCGACUCCAGCGCGGCGUGAUCUGGCGCGCGCCACCGACGCCGCUCGCGUGGGGAGGCCUGGAUCUUGGCGCGCCGCGAGACCCCGGGGAGGACGGCGACGGCGCGCUCAUCAGUCGCCCGCAGUCCGCUGAGCUGCUGCCGACUGCGCCCGGCGGCCGGGAGAUCUGGCCGACGGCGCGGCGCUGCAGAUCCCGUCCUGCCUGCGCGCGUGGGCACGGCUCACUGCUGCUGUGGAGGCUGUUACGCGCGGUGGUGGUACCGAUGGGCUACGGGUACGUGGAACCCUUCCUGCCCCCACAGCAGCAGCAGCAGCAGGGGGGCUACGGGCAACUGCAGGCGCAGCUGGCUCCGCGGCCGCCGGCUUGCCCGUACUCGUCGUCCGCCUCCGCUCCGCCGGUCUCCGCGUCCUACCAUUCUUCGCCCCCGCCAACGUCGCCUCCGCCGCUAAGCAGCCCACCUCCGGCGUCCCCUUUACCGGAGCCAUCGCCGCCGUCGUCUCCGCCGCCGGCAUUGUUGCCUCCUCCGCCGGACGCUCCCCCUCCGUCGCUUCCCCCGUCACCGCUGCCACAUCCAACCCCGUCACCGCCUCAAGCCCCGCCGCCCCCGCUGCCGACGGACCAGCCGCGCGUUCAGCCCCGCGUAUACCCAUCACCGCCACCGCCGUCGCUUCCUCCUCCUCCUCCGCCGCCUCCCACCGUCUCGCCGCCAUCGCCGGGUCCAUCCAACUCUCCAUCGCCGUCGCCGUCGCCUGCUCCAGCUACACAAGCUCCAGCUCCGGCUCCUGCGCGUGUUGCUGCCUAUUCGCCUCCCCCGCCAAAAAUCGCCCCUCCCCCGCCACCGCACUAUCGCGGCAAGUCGCAUUACACGCCGCACUCGCCCGUGAAGUCGCAUUCGAACUCGACCCAUGCAGCUAGCGGCAGCGGCAACAACAUCGAGAUAUCGAGGGAAGCGGCCACCACCAUCGUAGCACUGGCCGGUCUCGCUAUGCUCAGCUUUAUUGGCGCCACCAUUUGGUUCGUCAAGAAAAAGCGCCGGCGCAUUGAGCCCCCGGCGACACUGCCUACACAGCAACCAGCUCCUCCGCCACCGCCCAACUACAUUCCAUCUUCGGCUGGAUCCUCACUAGCUUCAGAUGGGUUCUACUUGAGAUCGCCAGGGUAUCCUUUCAUGAGGUACAGCACUGGGAGCCGUGGUUUUCCAUACUCCCCAGCCGACUCUGGGAUUGGGUAUUCCCAUAUGCUCUUCACACCAGAGAAUUUGGCAGCUAUCACAGAUGACUUUGCAGAAGAGAACCUUUUGGGGGAAGGUGGAUUUGGGUGCGUGUUCAAGGGCAUUUUGCAAGAUGGUCGCCCAGUUGCCGUCAAGAAGCUCAAGAUUGGGAAUGGGCAAGGCGAGCGUGAGUUCAAGGCUGAGGUCGAUACUAUCAGCAGAGUACAUCAUAGACAUUUGGUUUCUCUAGUAGGCUAUUGCACUGCGGAGGGCCAGCGAAUGCUUGUUUACGAUUUUGUUCCCAACAACACACUUUAUUACCACCUCCAUGUAAGUGAAGCAUCACUGGAUUGGCAGACAAGGGUUAAGAUUGCAGCUGGAGCAGCUCGAGGGAUUGGUUACCUCCAUGAAGAUUGUCAUCCACGUAUUAUUCAUAGAGAUAUUAAAUCAUCCAAUAUUUUGUUGGAUAACAACUUCGAAGCUCAGGUUUCUGAUUUUGGACUUGCAAGGUUAGCUGCCGAUUCCAAUACACAUGUUACCACACGUGUCAUGGGGACAUUUGGGUAUUUGGCUCCAGAGUAUGCAUUGUCAGGCAAGUUAACAGCAAAGUCUGAUGUAUAUUCUUUUGGGGUUGUUCUUUUGGAGCUUAUUACAGGAAGAAAACCUGUUGAUGCUUCUCAGCCUUUGGGAGAUGAAAGUCUGGUUGAAUGGGCUCGUCCUCUUCUGAUGAAGGCAAUCGAGCUUCGGGAGUUUGGGGACCUUCCUGACCCCAGGAUGGGAAACAGGUUCGAUGAAAACGAGAUGUUCCAUAUGAUAGGAGCUGCGGCUGCAUGCAUUCGGCAUUCUGCAGCAAUGAGGCCACGGAUGGGGCAGGUGGUUAGAGCACUAGAUAGUUUAGCCGACUCUAAUCUGAACAACGGCCUCCAACCCGGACGCAGCGAGGUGUUCUUAGAGCCACAGACGGAGGAGAUUCGACUGUUCCAGCUGAGGGAGUUCGGCAGCCGGGACUGUAGCGACGAGCUGAGCCAAGCGAGCUGGAGAAGCCGAAGAGAUUUGUGAACAGAUUCGGUACAAGAUCAUUAACAUUCUUUUUUUUUGCUCAUUCUUUACAUGUAAUUAUCUCUUUUACAUGAUUCUUUUUUUGGUUUUACUCCUCCCUGAGGCCAUUCUUGUUCCCCGGUGGAAUAAAUUUUGCGUGAGAUAAGUAAAUUGAACCCUCUUUUUGCAGUGAAGAGAGUUCGGUUCCUGGCAUUCACUGACAAA